CACAAAUACAAUAAUUUUACCAUAAUUAACAAACGAUUUUCAGUUGUUAAAAGCCAAUUAUGGUCCCAUCUAUCGUUUUGUCCAACGCUUGUAAUGAUAAAACGAUAAUAAUUAUUUUUUGUAACGCCAACGAUUAACAUAACCCUUAAAUAGGUUAUUCCUCUAUUCGCCGAGCAGUAAAAAACUUACAACUUUCUAUUUGUUGCUAUCAUCAUGAAGAAAAAUGAACUUUUACUGGUAAUCUUCUUGUUCCUGUUCAUUACACAAACCAAUGGAUUUUAUGAAUUCCUUGGAAGUGUUGUAAGUUUCGUUUUGGAACUGACAAGAAUUCAGCAAUUACUGAUACCUUUAUACCGACCAAAAAAUAGAGCUCAGGAAGAGAAGUUCGAUUUCGUAAUAAUUGGAUCGGGACCAUCGGGAUCUGCUUUAGCAAACAGACUGACGGAAAAUCCAAACAUUAAUGUUCUUUUGCUGGAAAGUGGCGAAGAAGCCAGUUUCAUUGCCGAUAUUCCAGUUGCAGCUGGAGCCCUUGAGUUUAUGUCAUAUAAUUAUGGCUACAAAUCCCAACCGCAACCGGGAUUCUGUAAAGGAUGUCCUAACGGCGUUUUAGAAUGGCCGCACGGUCAUGUGCUCGGUGGGAGUUCAGUCAUCAAUUACAUGAUCUAUGUUAGAGGAAGUCCAGGAGAUUACAACAAAUGGGCAGAUCUGGGUAAUCCAGGAUGGUCAUACAAGGAUAUCUUACCCUAUUUUAUAAAAAUGGAAGAUACGCGUGUGAAAAUAAGCGAUGAUGAAAUAAGAGGAAAAGGGGGUUAUCUGACUGUUAGCGACGUUCCCUUCCGGUCGAAAAUUGUUGAUGUUUUUGUGAAGGCUUGCAAUGAAGCGGGGUACGAAUAUGUGGAUUACAAUGGAAGAAGACAAUUAGGGGUAUCUUAUAUUCAAUCUACAACAAGAGAUGGAAAGAGAUGUAGCGCAGAAAAAGCUUACCUUCGUCCAGUGCGUUCCCGGAAAAAUUUAAAAAUACAAGUGAAAUCUACAGUUACAAAAAUUCUAAUUGACGAUAAAACAAAAACAGCUUAUGGAGUCGAAUAUUAUUACAAAAAUAAGAAACAUACUGUAUAUGCUAAGAAAGAAGUGAUAUGCUCUGCUGGUACUCUUAACUCUCCUCAAGUACUAAUGCUGUCCGGAAUUGGACCUAGAGAUCAUCUUGAAGAACUAGAUAUACCUGUCGUUAUGGACUUGCCCGUUGGUAAAAAAAUGUAUGAUCAUCCAACUUUCCCUCUCAUGUUGUUCGAAAUCAAAAAACCUUUGGUAAUAGAUGGCAUCCAGGUAGUUCUAAAUCCUUUUAAUUAUCUUGGCUUGUUAACCGGGAAAGGUGCAUUUACAACAAUAGGUGGAGUUGAAGCUAUUACAUACAUAAAAACUAACCAAUCGACUGAAUCUGAUCCUUUGUAUCCUGACAUCGAAUUGCUUAUGAUUGGUGGAUCUCUAAACACAGAUUUUGGGAUUGUAUUUAGAAAAAUUUUUAAUAUACCUUCGCAGAUAUUUGAUAAAGCUUUUCUUCCAAAAUUAGGCAGCGACAUCUAUAUGAUUACACCAGUAUUAGUUCAUCCUAAAUCGUACGGCUGGAUUAAACUGAAAUCCAAAAACCCGUGGGAAGCUCCUCUAUUCUAUCCAAACUUUUUUUCCGAUCCAGAAAAUGACGAUAUAAAAACUUUUAUUGCAGCAAUUAGAGAAAUUGAAAGGAUAAAUGCGACACCGGCAAUGAAGAAAAUAGGAGCUGAACUCGUUAAUGUACCUUUACCAGGAUGCGAGCGAAAUACAUUCGACUCCGACGAGUACUGGGAAUGUGCUUUGAGAACCAUAAUAGGCAGUUACUACCACCAAGUAGCAACGUGUAAAAUGGGACCAUCAAAUGACACCGAAGCUGUGGUAGAUCAUAAAUUAAGAGUACAUGGAAUUAAAAAACUGCGCGUUGUUGAUACUAGUGUGAUACCUAUUGCGCCAUCUGCACAUAAUGUGGCUCCAGCGUAUGUCAUAGGAGAAAAAGCAGCAGAUUUAAUUAAACAAUGUUAUAACAUUUAGAAAUUAUAUAAAAACUGCAAUAAUAAAGCACAUUUCGGGC